UGUGGGAUUAGAGAACUUUAUUUCUAAGAACUUGUAAAAAAAAAAAAAAAGAUAUUUUCAAUAAAAUUCCCUACCUCACCUCUAUUGUGCAGAAAUUAUCCCAUUUCCUAUGUUCAGUUUUCCGACUUCAUUUGUAGAUGCAAAUAUCUUUUUUGUUAUUAGCAAAAAUAGUAUUUUCCAUUAAAUCAAUCAAAUAGUGAACUACUUUAAAUUUGAAGCAUAAUUUAUUUCCUUUGUUUCCUUCACUGUAUGGUGCUCAGGUUUAGGAACACAUGGUAAAUAGUAUUUGCACACAACAGAGGCAAAUUCUAGAAGUUUUUAUGGCAUCUGGAGCGAUGCAUGUAUCUGUUCCCUAACUCUGCCUGUGUGAAUUUAAUUGUAAAGGGAUUGGCCAUAGUUGAUACCGCUUUGGUUUUUUGGUACCUUCAUGGCUGGGGGGAGGAAAGUGAAAGGGGAGGAAGGGAGUGAUAGGAACCUUCUCUUUGUAAAACCAUGGGUGGAAAGGUUCCUAGUCCCCUUUGUGUAAAGGGGAUUUGAAGAAACAAUGUGUUUGCUUUCUUUAAUCGCAGUUGUAAAUACACAUUCUGAGAUCUAAAAAUAGAAAACAAAGUCUAAAAGAUUUCCAAGUUACUCUAAGAUGAGCUAGCCAAUUAAUCCAUCCUUUCUCUGAAAUAUUUAACUCCUUACGCUUUGGGGGGCUGGAGGGGAAAGCGAGAAGUACUCCCUCAUGUUGCUGCAGGGAAUGACAUUCCUGGAGAAGGAAUAGCCUGCAGACCUGGAUAGAGUGAACUUAAAUCAAUAAUCUUUACUCUUAAAAGUCGGAGGUACUUGGUUUUUGUUCCUUUAUGUUCCCCCAAUAAGAUUGAACCAAUUUUCUUGCCAUAGUUCAGAGGCUGUUUUGGCAAUACCUGUAAACCUCAUUUUCUGAAGCUGCCUCAUGGCAUGGGUCCCUUUGGGAAAUAGGGGAGAAAAGAUUGGUCUGCUCUGGGGGUUGGAAUCAUUUCCUCAGGAGCGAUUUUGAUCUUUUUAGUUUGAAUGCAAGAACUGGACUUGAGAUAGGGUUGUAGCAAAUAGCACCAGUUCAUGCUGAACUUUGUGAGAAAGGCGUGCAAGAUGAUUAUAGUUUUGAGCCCAAAUCUUAAAGAUUGUGGGUUUUCUGGGCUUGAUGUCUGUGUCCUUCAGAAAAAGAUCAGUGCAUGUAUUUUGAGAGGAAUAUUUUAAUGUCAUUGGUGUCUGUAGUUUCAAGACCAGUGCAGAAUAGUUGGGUUGGCAAGUCUUAAGAAAGCUAACUUUUUCCUGAGUGACAGCUCAGAGCUUUAAAUGUUAUUAAUAGAAUAAAUAUUAGGUAUCCUCUAAAAAGGUAAAGGGACGUGCUUUCACACGCUCGAAUUUUAACUCCAAACGUUGAGGAAUCUUGGUGUUACAGUGUAGCUGUACCUGCUCCCUGGUAGCUUGCAUGCUUUUAUAAUGCAUUCUUCACUGCUCUUUUGCUUCUGGCCCACAGUUUUAGGAAUACUGUGCUAUAUAUAAAAGAAAAAACUGAAGGCUUGCCCUCCUUAAAUACAAUAAAUCGUAAGGCAAGCGUCCCUUUUCUGAGUCAGUCAUCAUAUAUUUUAAAAAAAAAAAAAAUUAAGGUUUUUCAACAGUUUAUCUGAACUAUCUGGAUUCUGAUGUGAAAAAUCUGUCAUCUCCCUAUGUCAGAAAUAUGCAGUUGUCAGACUUGUCUGUAGAAUGUUCUACUAUGCCAGACCCAGCUGAGCUGCCUGAGAUGCCCCAAAUCAACAUGACUGUUUAGCUGUGCUGAACAUGUGGCUGGUAUGCAGUUGCAUAUCCUUGGGUCUCAAACAUGCUUAAGCUUAAGGAAUUUUUGUUGCAAGCACUGGCAUUGGACAACAAUCUCUCUUUCUAAAUCCAGUUAAGCAAAAGCAAAAAUUCACUUUCAUACUGGUAAAAUUCUCAGGUUCAGGUUUAAAAACUUUAAUGCUUAUUUAAAAAAUGGAAAUUAACUUUAAUUAGCUGAACUAAACAUUACAUUCAAGCUCUAAACAACAAUUACUAACAUGAAAAGUAGGGAACUCAGACUUUAGCAGAGGAUGUUAGUUUCGCAUAUAGGAUGUGCGUAAGGAGGAAGGUUCAGAGCUGUGAACGUUUAUAAUUAAUUGCAUGUCUUAAAGCAUUCCCACUUUUUCUCUGUUCCCAGUAUCAUUUCAUGUUAAACAAAAACUCAUGUUUACGUUGCAGCCUUUUUGGAGACAUUACCUUAAUCUUAGAAGAAUUGGUAUACUUUAUGGACAUAAUUAUGUACAUCCUACCUGAGUUCAUGUGCCAGGGCUUCUACCUUUAUUCAGCAAGGUACUUCAAUGUGAAGAUGCUCAAGUUACCAUGGAUUUUGACAGGAGGACCAGCCGGUAUUCCUCAAAAUGGGACUGAUAACUGUUUAAACUUGGAAGAUUUCUGUAAUGCUAAGAUUUCUCUUUAUACUGGCAUGAUGUUCUGUUACUGUAAUGUGACAUCAUACCUACAGAAACUAUUAAUAAAGAAUUUUGCUAGAAGUA